AUGAUCAAAUACCCAAGUAAUGUGCAUAUAUUAAGAGGAAAUCACAAAUUUUCUGUAAUUAAUCGCGUUUUUGGUUUCUACGAUGAAGUUAUAUCGAAGUACAAAGAUGAAUCUAUAUGGAAUAGUUUCCAAGAGGUCUUCAAAUUCAUGCCUUUAGCAGCCAACAUUUCAGAUAAGAUAUUUUGUGUUCAUGGGGGUAUCUCUCCACUUCUUAAUUCAAUUGAUGAUAUGAUGCGUAUCAAACGCCCAAUAGAAUCAUACUCUGACAAUCAAUUAUUGAGUGACGUCCUCUGGUCAGAUCCUAUCGAUUCUGAAGAGCUCUUUGCAGAGAAUAGAAGAGGAUUAGGCGUACGAUACUCUAUUGAUGCAGUUAUUUCCUUCUUAAAAUCGAAUAAUUUAUCUUUAAUGAUUCGAGCUCAUCAAUGUGUACAGAAUGGUUGCAACUUAUUUGCAGAGAAGCAUGGAAUUACAGUAUUUUCUUCAGGAAAUUAUAACGCUGAGUCUCCAAACAAAAGUGGCGUUGUUAGAAUACCUUCUGAGCGAGAAAUACAAAUGUUUUCACUUGAUUUCACAUUACCAAUAAACAAACAAGAGAAUGCGUGUUUAUUCCUUGAAGAUGGAAAAUCUGGUUUAAAUAUUGGGGAAAAGAAGUUUGCCGAGUUCGAUGAAAGUGGCCACUUCAAAGACACAACUCCAGAAAAGAAGACUACUAAACCAAAAUCAGUGAAAAAGUCAAGAAAAUCUUCCGAUGGCAAAGAUUCUAAAGCUGUUUCGAAAUCUCCUCGAAAUACAACAGCGAGAAAUAAUUCAGAUGACCUCGCAAAGGCUUCCAAGUUAAAAAUCCCACAAAUUCCGAAAUCAAAAUCUACAGCGAAAGGACUGCUUUUGGAGAAAGAUGAAAGCACUAAAUCACCAAUUCCAAGUGCUCUUGCUCCUAAGAAGCGAGUUAAAUCAAAAGAAUCUCACAGUUCGGAAAAAUCUGCUAGUGAACCUGAUUCAAACAAAACCACUGGAAUUAAACCUUUUAAAUCACUUGCAGAUAUUUCUUCAUUUAUAGAUCCUCCUCCCCUUCCUCCAAAAGAACACGGAAGACGCACAACAAGGAGAUUUUCAACAAUUGUGCAGCCAAGUCAGAGUUCGUUGUUUGAGCAGGUUUUGAAGGAAUGCUCUCCAAUAACUGUACUCAGCCAACAAAAAUAG